AUGAAUAAUCUAUCUAAUUGUGAAAAAGAAGAAAAUUCAAACAAAAGAAUAAACUUAGAUAGGAUGGUAAAAAAAAUUGUAGAUAAUGAAAAUACAAGGAAUGAUUUUGAAAAAACUGAAAUUAAUUCAUGUAAAAAAGGUUUAUAUGAAAAUUUAGAAAAAACAAAUUCAAAUGAUGAUGUUACUAUUGAAAAUGAAUCUCUUUUAAAAUUUACUAUAACAUGCUUUUUUACAAUUGCUGCUGCAGGAAUAGGUAUGGCUGUAGCUGGACGUUUUUUAGAACUAGGACAAGAAUCAUAUCUUUUUACAUCUUAUCCUUCACUAAUUGCUAUUUUUCCACCAUUAGUUGGUAUGAAAGGAAAUAUUGAAAUGACACUAGCAUCACGAUUAGGAACACUAGUUAACAAAAAUAUGUUAAAUUUAAAUCUUGAAGCAUUUAAACAUGUAAUUCCUAAUAUUUCUGUUGUUUCAAUUCAAUCUGUUUUAUUAUCAACAUUAUCUACAUUUGUUGUUAAUUUAAUUUGCCUAAAUACAAUCAUAUUUGAAAAUAUGGAAAUUGUUUAUGCAAUAAGUAUUGGAACAGCAUUAAUUGCAUCAACUGUAUUAUCACUUAUUGUUGUAAUUGGUAUAUUUAUUGCUAAAUAUUUAAAUUAUGAUCCAGAUAAUAUUGUUGGACCAAUUGCUGCAUGUCUUGGUGAUGCAGUAACAAUUGUCAUUAUGAUGUAUUAUGGAAGUCUUAUAGAUAAUUUAUCACAAAAGUAUUCCUGGAUACCGUUAGUUUGUUUAUUAAUUAUUUAUAUUUGGUCAAUUAUUAUGAUUCCAAUUGCUUGGCAAUACUCAAGAACUAGAACAGUUCUUAAAUCAGGAUGGUUUGCUACAACAAUAGCAAUGUUAUUAAGUUCUAUAAGUGGAAUGUUUUUACAUUCAUCUACACAAAUGGCAUCAUAUGCUGCAGCUUUUCAACCAAUAUUAAAUGGAUUAUCUGGAAAUGUUGGAGCAAUUCAAGCUGCAAAAAUUUCAACACAACUAGAAAUUAAGUAUCCAGAUCAUGUAUUUGAAAAGGAAUACAAUAUUUAUUCAUAUUUUAUUCCUUUUAGAUUAUUUCUUGUUAAAGAUCGAGAAUCAUAUCAAGCAAUAAUUUUAUUAAUAAUAAGUAUUGUAUGUCAAUGUUUUUUAGUACCUAUUGCUCAUUCUUUGAUGGGUUUUCAAAAUAAUGUUUCUUUUUUGUUUAAUAUUUUAUAUAUACUUGCAAGUAUUUUUCUUGUAUUAACCUUAUUGUAUAUUUCACAAUGGAUUUGUCGCUAUUUAUGGAUGUAUGGUUAUUCAGCUGAUGACAAUUCAAUUCCAAUAAUUACAGCAUUUGGAGAUUUAUUAGGAUCUAUACUUAUUUUCUCCAUUUUAUAUAUUAUUUAUAAUAUUGAACUUCCUAUUAUUGAGGGAGAUUCUUGA